GGGGACGGCUGAAACUCCUUCGCGUCACACCCUCCCUCUCUCAUUUAGAAAAUACCAGGAGAUGUGCGCCAAUGCAUUCUAUCCAAGGUGAUCCCCGACGCACCACAAACUUCAACGCGAGGACACGCCGAGUUAAAACUUUAGAACUAUUGCAAUUUCGUCGCAUUUCGCUUGUGUUCCCGUUCUUGUCUUGGAUUUGACUUUACCGGUCAACAUUUAAUACAAGUGCCAGGCUUAUUGUCCAUAUUCCAAGUGAGGUUUUUCACGUGGUGUCCACUUGGGAGUGCGGGAGCGGGACAACUGUCACGGACUGUAAUUGGUGUCUCGCGCGGUCAAAGGCAUGCCGCCUGGGUUUCAGCAACUUGGAGGGGAGACAGUGACUGGAACCCUUGCUCUCUCAGUGUUCACUGCUGUAUUGGGCUCCUUUCAGUUUGGAUACAAUAUUGGCGUCAUCAAUGCACCUCAGAAGAUCAUUGAGGCGGACUACAAUGCUACAUGGGUGCACCGGUAUGGAGAGCCCAUUCCCACCGGUACACUCACUACACUGUGGUCCCUGUCGGUAGCCAUCUUCUCUAUAGGAGGCAUGAUCUCUUCCUUCUGUGUGGGCGUCAUCUCAGAGUGGCUGGGCAGGAGGAAAGCCAUGCUCAUAAACAACUUGUUUGCCUUCAUCGGAGGAGGUUUGAUGGGCAUGGCCAAGAUCAGCCAGUCCUUUGAGAUGAUGAUCCUGGGACGCUUCUUCAUAGGUGCAUUCUGUGGGUUGGCAUCGGGGCUAGUGCCCAUGUAUGUGGGUGAGAUAGCCCCUACCAGUCUGCGAGGGGCAUUGGGCACGCUCCACCAGUUGGCUAUUGUUACAGGGAUUCUCAUAGCACAGGUCCUGGGCCUGGAGUCUUUGCUGGGCAGCGAGGAGUUGUGGCCAGUGCUGGUGGGUGUGACCAUUCUGCCCACUGUCCUACAGAUGGUGCUGCUGCCCUUCUGCCCUGAGAGCCCCCGCUUUCUCUACAUCAUCCGCUGCCAGGAGCACCACGCCAAGAGCGGCUUGAGGAGGCUGACCGGGAGGCAGGAGGUGGGGGAUAUGCUGGCGGAGAUGAAGGAGGAGAAGAGGAGGAUGGACAUGGAGAGGAAGGUGUCCAUCGCAGAGCUCUUCCGCUCCCCCAUGUACCGGCAGCCCAUCAUCAUCGCCAUCCUACUGCAGCUCUCACAACAGCUCUCUGGGGUCAACGCUAUCUUCUACUACUCCACCAGUAUCUUCCAGAAGGCAGGGGUCCAGAGCCCCGUCUACGCCACUAUAGGAGCCGGCGUGGUCAACUGUGCCUUCACCGUGGUCUCGCUGUUCCUGGUGGAGAGGACGGGCCGCCGGACGCUACACAUGCUGGGGCUGUCCGGAAUGUGUGGCUGUGCCAUUGUCAUGACGAUAGCUCUGGCCUUAUUGGACAGCGUUCCCUGGAUGAGCUACAUCAGCAUGCUGGCCAUCUUUGGCUUCGUUGCCUUCUUCGAGGUGGGCCCUGGCCCCAUCCCCUGGUUCUUUGUGGCUGAGCUCUUCUCCCAGGGCCCCAGGCCCGCUGCGAUGGCUGUGGCCGGAUUCUCCAACUGGACAGCCAACUUCAUUAUCGGCUUUGGCUUCCAGUAUCUCGCUGAGCUUUGUGGGCCGUAUGUCUUCCUCAUCUUCGCCGCGCUCCUUCUCUUCUUCCUCAUCUUCACCUUCUUCCGGGUGCCGGAGACACGGGGCAAGACGUUUGACCAGAUCUCCGCCUCCUUCAGCCAGCACCCGCCCGCCAUGAUGGACCUGGACAUGGAGCUGAGCAAGCCGAGCACAGAGCUGGACUACCUGGGGGGGGGGAGCCUUGACUAAGGGGGUCCCAUGGGGGAACUGGGGAGGGCAGGCUGAGGAGGCCAGACAAACUCUUGGGUAGGCAGGGAUGCUCGGAGGAGAGCUACAAAUGGGUACUGGGGUUGUGUCUAGGCAUAUCGAGGAAGGAGAGUGGGGGUGUGGGUCAAGGGAUAGGGAGGUGGAAUGGAUUUGGAACCGGGCCCGUAGUUGGUGCAAUGGCUGCAGUUGGGAAAUGGAGCUUGAGGGAGAGAUGUUGGCAGGAACAGGGGUUGCUCGAGGAAAAGGUUGUGCAACAUUACAAAGCAUUGCACCAAUUGAACAUACCCCAGAAAGGGUGGAGGGUGAGUGAGGUGGGAGAUUUUUAUUACCAGAGCAUAUAGAGGGGAUGAUCAGGAACAAGAAUAAGGUUUCUGAACUUUGAGAGGCAUUAACCCCCCCACCCCGGGUGUACUUAUGCUGAUGGGGUGGCGAUUUGCUUCAGUGAGAAUGCGCACAGUUGUUCUAUGGAGAGAAAGAGACUUGGAGGUAUUCCUGCACUUUAUACAAAAAUGUCAGCGGUUUUCAGAGAUGGAUAGAAGCUGGUUACAAUAGGAAAACAGCCAGUGUAAAAACCCAUGUACAUUUUUACAGUGAGCAAAGCUAUGGUGUGUGGCAUUGAGUGAAGUACGGGUUAACCAGUCCACCGCUAGCAACCCACUUCCCCUUUGGAAGUGUCCCUAAAUUUAAUUUCACAAGAUGGUGGACAGCUUUAACAUGACUCAUUGCACAGCCUACAGUGAUGUUACUUUUAACGAGAGCAAAUCAUGUAUUUAGACUUAAUGUAUAUAGUGUGCUGGUUUGAUUGAAAAAAACUAAAUGUGACAAGGGUCUACAAAUACUCAAACUUUACCCACGCCAAUAGGAGUAGGUCUGUUUUUUUUUUUUAUAUGGGGUAGUGAGCAAUAUUAGUUGAUAUGGCAACAGGCCUUGGUUUGAUUGCUACUGCAUCAGGAAUCUGUCCCUGAACUACUACGCAUGUAUGCAGUUUGCUGUCCAUUCUGUACUGGUUGUCUUUGAAGAUUUGUAUUGAACAAUUGUACAAAGAGGAUCUGUAAUUUAUAUAGUGUGAAUACUGAUGAAGUAUUCUGCCGUG